UUCAUUCAUUGCAGCUCAAGGGGAGCAGAGCGGACGCGUACUAGUGUAGGACCCAAGUCGGCGGACUGUCGCCCAUGCAGGGGGUCUUUGAAUCCCGCACAGAAUUUGCCAACUGCCUGAAUAAGGACCUUCGGGGUAGUUUACAUGGAGCCUUCGGGGCGAGGCGAGCCCGGGUCAUCCAAAGGUCACAUGUUGGCGUUCAGCUCACAACAGUCGCUGUAGGUCAAACUGUGUUUGAGUGUCGGAUCGAUACGACGGCGUCGGAGGUGUUUUUUCGGGGCGGGUCCCUCGCUAGGCCUGACCCCCCCCCCUUCUCCUCCUCCUUGUAGCUUGGCCCCGGCUGCGUUGGUGAAGGAGCCGAGCGCAUCGAAGGGAGGCGGUUUGCGCUCACCGCUAUGACCUCUGGGUAAUGGUCUUUCUCGGCGUGAUCAUUUGAAGAGCUUCGGCCUAAAAGGCAGGUUUUCAUUUGCGGAUCGUCGCAUGUCUUAUUCAUUAUUUCUUCUGUUUAUUAGACGUGCCCUUUGAAUAGCAACUCGUGAGUUUAGUCGUACGUGACCAGGUGACUUUUCUUUCAUUUCUUAUCUCCCUGGGUGUCAGUCGGGUUGAUCGUGGAUCAACAGUGAACAGUUGUGUGGUAGUUUGUCAGUGGUUUGUUCAUAAAAUAUCUGCAAACAUCAAAAAAAGAGCAAGAAGUGUGACCGCGCGCUGCCCUAGAUGCUUUUGGGGAUUUAUAUUUUUUACUUUAUGUCACCCUCCCUCUAAAGUCAACCCGUCGACGUCACCAUAGUAACCAGAGCCCCUCUCCCUCCCUCCCCCCCCGACUCCAUCGCCGGGCGGAUUACAUGUUUGCCACUCGGCACAAAUCAACAUAUCAGCCACUGAUGAUGUCAAAUUCGGAUUUCCCUGUACCGAGUACAUAUCAACUUUGUGAAUGCUGCAAAAGUAUAAACCUACUAAUACACGAACAUAUGUAUUUAUACCGGCUUAUAACCAUUGUAUGAGCAUAGAUGGAGCGGGGGGGCAGCGUUCAGCAUGUAAUGCUGACAGUCAAUUAAAAGUAAUUCAAUCAGGACAAUUGUUUUCCCUUCAGGAUGAGACUUUCUUUUUUUAUUUUUCAUCUUAUUAGGUUGUAAAUAUGUAUUUUGAAUAUAUCGCUGUGUUUUCAACUUGAUUAAUUUAUUUAAUGGCUCUAUAUUGUUGUUUUUUAGUAUGUUGCUUAUCUAACUUUAAUCAGACCACGCAUCAAACAUGUUAUAAUUCAUGUUAUUCUCUCCGUUGACGUUUUGCUGCUUUGGCUAAGGUGAUGAUUUUACAAAAAGAAGAAAAAAAAUGUAUUCAUUUCAUUGUAUUAACUGACGUGUAACAUGUUGUGUUCUACUGUGUCGUGUUUGAUCAGAUGUGUCGUGGUCACUGCUCGUGAAAUGAUUUUAUUCAGAGAGUUUUCAAAUCAUGACAAAAAGAUAAAAGCGGUCACAAAGUCAUAAUCUGUCUUUUUUUUUCACGUGAGACAUUGGAUCAAAAGAAGGAAUUUUGAAAUCGUGAAGUCUUAAAAUGUGUGGAAAGCUCAAGAAACGUUGAAUUAGUCUUCACGAACAGAUCGCUGGGAGUAUUUUAUCGUUGUAACCUUCAAUACAAAAUCAAUUAUUGACAACCUUUGUCUGAAAAAUGAGAAAUCCCUCCAGUGCUGCAUGGAGCCACAACACGUUCAAUAUUAAAUGGAUAAAUGAGUCAUUAUAAAAAUACUUUGUCAUGUGAAUAAAUUAUAUUAAAAAAUCAGUUGGCAGGUGAUUGGCUGAACCAUCCGUCAAUCAAACUUAAUGAAAAAAGAUUUUUUCCGAUGUCCCGCCUCCACGUCGCAGACUAAAAACAAGAAUGACGUAAUCAUAAACCUAUUGGGCUUAAAUACGGCCCUUAAAUUAAAAGAUUUAUUUCUCGGCUCACCUUAUGUAGUCAAAUAGUUUCUUAUUCAACGUUUAUCUCUCCAGUAUUGGACGCUUGAGGCUCCUUAUCUGCUUCACCUGGUGAAGCCGUCUGUGGUUAAAUGGCGCAGGGAUGAUGUGAGGGAGCGGCGUAAGUAUAGCAAAGAACAGUUCACCCUGUUCUUCUAAAACAUCUCCGCCACGCCUGUGCAUGCAGUCAGGUUGGUUUUUAGGGCUGCAGGUCUUGCACAAGGUUGCGAUCACUACGUUAGGAAUGUUGAAUGUCAGAUUCGCUUUGUGCAAAGUUGCGCUGCAUAUAGUUCCAUUGUUUUCCUUUGCACGUGUUGACCUCCGUGAGUCAUCGCGCACACCCUUCUUGCUUUUCUCCAGAGCUGCUCUGCAAAAAUGUGUUGGCUUCAUUUUUUGUCACAGUGACUAAACUGUUUGUUGAAUACGAUGCAGCAAAGUGGUUAAAUUCACUUUCUGUUUCUUUAGCGUGCAGCUGGAAACCGCGGCUCGACGCUGUCAGAUCAGAUUGUUAUUCAAGCAAGUGCAGAGAUGUGGCUUUUUGUCAUGAUUUAAAUUGACGGGAAUUCGGCCGUUGUCAUUGUGCUAAAAUGAAUAAAUAUUACAUAUUAAAAUAUAUUUGCUAACCUAUGAUGUUUGAAGUUGCUUUCUUUCAUAUACGUUCCAGAAAGAGAGAGAAAUGCACUUUAUUUGGACGCCACAUUUUAUUUCUAGAAAUCAGGUCGACAUUCUUUGGAAAGACACUUUGCUGAGAGUUUCACUGUGGGUAAGAGGAUUUCUAUUUAACUAAUAUUCAAUUCAUUUGUCACGCUGAAAGAAAAAUGUAUUUACAUUUCAUGGUAUAAACGUCUUGAAUCAGUUAUUUUGAGCUGUAAGAAAUACUACAACAACACUUGUAAUGAAGUAUUUUAGAGUGUGUCAUGCGUACACAGGAUAAUCUUAAGGUGUCAGCCACAGAGAUGUGAUCUGAUUGGUGAAAGGUCGCUGUGGCCACGCCCCUCCCCGUGUGAAUGGCAUGCAGCUUUUAGGACAUGGUAACCGCACACGGCGGCGUGACGGGACUCGUGCAGCAUUUGGGCAGCGGUGCAAGAAAUUAGAAGCCCAAGAUGGCGAGUGAACCGUCGCGGCCCGGCGCCCAGAGCGGAACCUUCGAGACCCAGCAGUCCCUGUCGCUGUUGGAUGUGCUCUGCGCCAAUCAGUUCGAGGGAAAGUCUUUCCCUCCGGAGCUUCUCCGUGAGACGGAGGAAAGCUUUUACAGAGGGGCCCCGCCCAAAUGGCUGAACUUCCACAUCAGCGAGCAGGGAGGGUCCGGCGGCGCCCGAACGCCCUUCAUCGCGCGAGACGGGUACGCCGCGCUGGUGGAGAAAAUUCGACACGCGAGGAGUAAACUCCAAGGAACAUCCACCGUGAAGCUGCUCCACCAGCCGGGAUGCGGCGGCACCACGCUGGCCAUGAAGGUGUUGUGGGACCUGAGGAGAGCCUUCAGGUGCGCCGUUUUGACGGGCUCGACCUCCGACGCCGCGAAGGUCGCGGAGGAGGUCGUCGCGCUUUUCACGGCGGGCAGCCGGCGCGGCAACAACACCGUGUUGCUGCUGGUGAAUGACGAGACGCUUUUGGAAAACCUGAAAGACGGCGUCAGGGCGAGGAUUGCCCAGGGGCCUAUUUCCACCUACGUGCCUGUGUUGAUUUUACUCAACUGCGUGCGAAAGGACGACGUUCGACAGGGCGACCACGUCGUCCUGCAGAAAGCGCUCUCCGCAGAAGAGAAGCUCAAAUUUGACGCAAAAAAGAGAGAACUCUACGAAAUGUACGGCGAACGAUGCCAUCGGUUCCACGGCUUCAACAUCCUGCAAACUAAUUUCUCCCCGGCUUACGUCGAAGCGGCCUGCUCCGUUUUCAAACCCACCAAAAGGGCCGACAGGCCGCGGAAGACGCAGCUCGCCGCCUUCCUGUCCCUGCUGAACGCCUACGUGCCCGGCUCCUUCCUGCCGGAGUGGCAGUGCCGGGACUUCUUCCAACGCGACGCCGACCGCCGCCGCGGGGACUUUUCCCUGGAGGACCGGAUGGAGCCCUUCAGCCACCUGCUCGUCGUGUUCCAGCGAGACGAAAGGGCCGACGGGAAGGUGCGCAUGGCCCACCCGCUGAUAGCGCGGCGUUGUACCGAGUUGAUGGCCGAGUCCGGCGUGACCAGAAGCGACACGGCGAUAAACCUGCUGACCCGUCUGUGCAAAGAUCAGAGUCCCCCGCAUGUGGUUGUCGGUUUUGUCAAAGGGAUGCUGACCAAGAGAGGACUAAAACCAAGACGGAGGAAUAAAACGCCGGGUCCGGCCAACGCAGCGGACACCCAAGAGGACGAAGAAAGGUACGCAAGGCUCAUCCUCGACAUCCAGAGGAUGGAGAGCAGACGACAGAGCGCGUCGGUUCUAAAGGCGGCGUCAAACCUGUUUGACGGCGAUCCGUUUCUCCCGCAGGCGCUCGCUCGUUUUUACUACACGGAGCUGAAAGACUACAACCUGGCCGAGUUGUGGGCCGAGAGGGCAAAGCUGAGAGAUCCGCGAAACUCGUUUGUCGCCGACACACUGGGCCAGGUCCACAAGAACCGUUUGAAGAACACGGCGGGAUCUCUCGGCCCGCUCGCGGUCCUGCAGCUGGCCUCAAGGGCCAUCGAAGCGUUCAAAGAUGAAGAAAAACUGGCCGAAAAUGAACGCGGGGAGGACAUGAGAGGGGACGGCGACACCAGAGUCUCGCAGCAUUUCAACAUCAGAGGGCAGUUCGGUUAUUUGCAGCUCUGCAACGACGUGUUUCACCUUCUGGUCGAGCAGGAGGACACUUGGAGAGAGGUUCUCACCAAGAAAGUGGCCUUGGACGCCGCCCUGGAAUCACUCGGAGACGAGCGGCUCAUCCGAUUCAAGGGUCUGAUAGACAGCCUCAGGGGGGAGAUUGAGAGAAAAUGCGCCUUCUUCAACAAGUAUCUGACUUACUCAAAGCCCAAGUUGAAAGAUGACCCCGACUACAUUUCCGCGGGCAGCUCAGAGUGCUACGAGAACUUUGUCGGAAGCUACCCACCCGAAGAUCUCAAGCGAACAGGCGCUGUUCUCAUCCAGAGGCUCAAAAAGAAAAAGGUGUACACCUCGGCCGCAGUGCUCUCCUGCCUGGAGAGCGAGUGCAGGGAAUCGGACCUCAAAGAAAUAACUACAUGGUGGGAGGAGAUCUUUCGUCAGAAAGAAUCCAUCAACUACAUCGUCUCCCUUGUCGUGCGCACGAACGCGGACGCGGCGUUCCCCUCUGACCGCAAACGUUUGUCUGAACUCAAACAGAAGAUGCCCGAGAUCCUCAACGACUCGCCCGAGCUCCACAUGUUGACCCUGCUCCUCUGCUGGCCCGCGGACGGGGAAGCCAGAUGUGCCCUGGACCUCGGGCAAUUGGUCCGACGAAUGAAGCGCUCGUUCGAAGUUGCGUAUGAGAUGCACCUGCGAUCAAGGCGCCUCCGCCCGCUGUUCUUCGUGGGAAACGGCAAAGGCCUGGACAGGAUGGUCCACAGAAAGGUCCUGGAAAACCUGCUGCUCGAGCAAAGCCAGGAGACAAAACAAGACCCCUGGAGCGGAGAGAGGAUGUUCCACGAUCCCGAGGUCCAAGCGCGCCUCGUCAAGGUGGAAGGGGUGGUGCGCGAAUACCGGCUCUUUGCCACCAUCGGCGGCGCGGUGGUUGAGUUGGAGGCGAACAACCAGGACAGCCUGUGGAAACCGCGGCGGGUCUCCUUUUACCUCGGCUUCACCAUCAGAGGCCCCGUCGCCUUCGCCGUGCAGACGGACAAGAAGGGUAACGCGCAUGAGCCUGAGAUGCUGACAGAAGAAAACUCGAGGAUGAAAAAAACAGAUGUCACUGGAGAGUCAGAGUCAGUCCUUCGACAUGUGACCGGCCCCGGAGGCAAAGACGCGCUCCGUUAGAUCCUCAAGAAGACGACGUGCUGAUGAGGCUCAAAAGUAAAGUGAUAUUAAGCAGUGUGGUGUUUUGGUUUAUUAGAACGGGACUUUCAUUUUUUUUAAUAAUUUAAAAAAAGCAAGACUAGCAAGACUGUUGAAACCUGAAUCCUAUAACUGCUCUUUUGAACACUGUGCCCGCAUUGACGCCUUAGCAGACUUUGCGUUUUAACCCCCGAAGAGGAGACGGACACACACACGUCAAGCCAAAUAAAAAAAAACGCCUCUCAAUUUUAAAGAGAGCGCUUUUAUUUUGAAAAUUUGCCAAGGGCCUCCGCGUCGGUGUGUCUGUUAAUCUUUUCCUGUGUGUUUACAGUAGAGCUCUCAUGCUACUGUUUCACGAGCCAAGUGUUAACACUCAACAUAAAAUCAGGAGUCACAGAUCAAUAGUGCUCAUGUUUCUUUUUUUACUUUGAAAGGAAUUUUCCACCCACCGUUGUGCAUCCUCUCCUUUAAAUUGAAUUCAUUCAUUGCAGCUCAAGGGGAGCAGAGCGGACGCGUACUAGUGUAGGACCCAAGUCGGCGGACUGUCGCCCAUGCAGGGGGUCUUUGAAUCCCGCACAGAAUUUGCCAACUGCCUGAAUAAGGACCUUCGGGGUAGUUUACAUGGAGCCUUCGGGGCGAGGCGAGCCCGGGUCAUCCAAAGGUCACAUGUUGGCGUUCAGCUCACAACAGUCGCUGUAGGUCAAACUGUGUUUGAGUGUCGGAUCGAUACGACGGCGUCGGAGGUGUUUUUUCGGGCCGGGCCCCUCGCUAGGCCUGACCCCCCCCCCUUCUCCUCCUCCUUGUAGCUUGGCCCCGGCUGCGUUGGUGAAGGAGCCGAGCGCAUCGAAGGGAGGCGGUUUGCGCUCACCGCUAUGACCUCUGGGUAAUGGUCUUUCUCGGCGUGAUCAUUUGAAGAGCUUCGGCCUAAAAGGCAGGUUUUCAUUUGCGGAUCGUCGCAUGUCUUAUUCAUUAUUUCUUCUGUUUAUUAGACGUGCCCUUUGAAUAGCAACUCGUGAGUUUAGUCGUACGUGACCAGGUGACUUUUCUUUCAUUUCUUAUCUCCCUGGGUGUCAGUCGGGUUGAUCGUGGAUCAACAGUGAACAGUUGUGUGGUAGUUUGUCAGUGGUUUGUUCAUAAAAUAUCUGCAAACAUCAAAAAAAGAGCAAGAAGUGUGACCGCGCGCUGCCCUAGAUGCUUUUGGGGAUUUAUAUUUUUUACUUUAUGUCACCCUCCCUCUAAAGUCAACCCGUCGACGUCACCAUAGUAACCAGAGCCCCUCUCCCUCCCUCCCCCCCCGACUCCAUCGCCGGGCGGAUUACAUGUUUGCCACUCGGCACAAAUCAACAUAUCAGCCACUGAUGAUGUCAAAUUCGGAUUUCCAUGUACCGAGUACAUAUCAACUUUGUGAAUGCUGCAAAAGUAUAAACCUACUAAUACACGUACAUAUGUAUUGAUACGGGCUUAUAACCAUUGUAUGAGCAUAGAUGGAGCGGGGAGCGGGGGGGCAGCGUUCAGCAUGUAAUGCUGACAGUCAAUUAAAAGUAAUUCAAUCAGGACAAUUGUUUUCCCUUCAGGAUGAGACUUUCUUAUUUUAUUUUUCAUCUUAUUAGGUUGUAAAUAUGUAUUUUGAAUAUAUCGCUGUGUUUUCAACUUGAUUAAUUUAUUUAAUGGCUCUAUAUUGUUGUUUUUUAGUAUGUUGCUUAUCUAACUUUAAUCAGACCACGCAUCAAACAUGUUAUAAUUCAUGUUAUUCUCUCCGUUGACGUUUUGCUGCUUUGGCUAAGGUGAUGAUUUUACAAAAAGAAGAAAAAAAAUGUAUUCAUUUCAUUGUAUUAACUGACGUGUAACAUGUUGUGUUCUACUGUGUCGUGUUUGAUCAGAUGUGUCGUGGUCACUGCUCGUGAAAUGAUUUUAUUCAGAGAGUUUUCAAAUCAUGACAAAAAGAUAAAAGCGGUCACAAAGUCAUAAUCUGUCUUUUUUUUUCACGUGAGACAUUGGAUCAAAAGAAGGAAUUUUGAAAUCGUGAAGUCUUAAAAUGUGUGGAAAGCUCAAGAAACGUUGAAUUAGUCUUCACGAACAGAUCGCUGGGAGUAUUUUAUCGUUGUAACCUUUAAUACAAAAUCAAUUAUUGACAACCUUUGUCUGAAAAAUGAGAAAUCCCUCCAGUGCUGCAUGGAGCCACAACACGUUCAAUAUUAAAUGGAUAAAUGAGUCAUUAUAAAAAUACUUUGUCAUGUGAAUAAAUUCUAUUAAAAAAUCAGUUGGCAGGUGAUUGGCUGAACCAUCCGUCAAUCAAACUUAACGAAAAAAGAUUUUUUCCGAUGUCCCGCCUUCACGUCGCAGACUAAAAACAAGAAUGACGUAAUCAUAAACCUAUUGGGCUUAAAUACAGCCCUUAAAUUAAAAGAUUUAUUUCUCGGCUCACCUUAUGUAGUCAAAUAGUUUCUUAUUCAACGUUUAUCUCUCCAGUAUUGGACGCUUGAGGCUCCUUAUCUGCUUCACCUGGUGAAGGCGUCUGUGGUUAAAUGGCGCAGGGAUGAUGUGAGGGAGCGGCGUAAGUAUAGCAAAGAACAGUUCACCCUGUUCUUCUAAAACAUCUCCGCCACGCCUGUGCAUGCAGUCAGGUUGGUUUUUAGGGCUGCAGGUCUUGCACAAGGUUGCGAUCACUACGUUAGGAAUGUUGAAUGUCAGAUUCGCUUUGUGCAAAGUUGCGCUGCAUAUAGUUCCAUUGUUUUCCUUUGCACGUGUUGACCUCCGUGAGUCAUCGCGCACACCCUUCUUGCUUUUCUCCAGAGCUGCUCUGCAAAAAUGUGUUGGCUUCAUUUUUUGUCACAGUGACUAAACUGUUUGUUGAAUACGAUGCAGCAAAGUGGUUAAAUUCACUUUCUGUUUCUUUAGCGUGCAGCUGGAAACCGCGGCUCGACGCUGUCAGAUCAGAUUGUUAUUCAAGCAAGUGCAGAGAUGUGGCUUUUUGUCAUGAUUUAAAUUGACGGGAAUUCGGCCGUUGUCAUUGUGCUAAAAUGAAUAAAUAUUACAUAUUAAAAUAUAUUUGCUAACCUA